UUCAAACAAAACGUCGUUAAAGCGCUUAACUUCAAAUCAAACUAAAAAUGAAUUUUGAAUUUUCAAUACCUUUGCAAAAAGAUGAGCUUUUGGAAUCUUCCAGUGGACAAUACCAUGUUGAAGAUGUGGUCCAACCAAGGAUUUUACUAUCAAAACUACAGGAUGCAGCGCGAGCCUACAAUUCGGACGGAGUGGAAUAUAUUUUAGAACAUUUUGAUACAUAUUUCUCUGUAAUUGUACAUGGAACAAAACUAGAAUGGAAUGUUAUAAAUAAAGGGUAUGAACACAUUCUUAGAACAGUGAAAUGUCUUUGCAAUCAGUUGGAAGUUAUUUUUCAAGAACAAGAAAUAGCUACUGAAACAAGAUGCAAAUAUCUGAAUAUUGUGAAAAUGGUCAUGUAUUUAUUUACAGAAAUAAUGAAAACAAAGGAUGCUAAACUCACUGCUGAUAAUUCUACAAAGUUGACAUUAGGUAAGAAAGGUAAAGCAAAGAAUACAGAUGAAGAAUUCUGUGGUUGGACAGAGUCUGACAAACUGGAGGCUUUGGUGGCACUGCAUAUGUUGGUCCAGCAGCCACUUUCACGUCUGUGGGACCCACCACUAGCUGAAGACAACUUUGUUGUCAUGGUAGCUUAUCCAUGUUAUAAGGCAUUGGAGGAGCAAAUUAUAAAAAACAAAACUGUAAGAGACACUGUGUUCCAAGUGCUAGGAGUGCUGGUAAAAAAGUACAACCAUGGUACUGCCUGCCUUAUUAAAUUAGUUCAGAUUCUAGAAAUAGCGGAACAUGCUGUAUCACCUAUUUGUGCUGGUGUUGUACAGUUGACGAAAAAUUUCGGACUUGGCACCUUUGGACCUCAAAUGGUGCGUGAAAUAGAAGUAUCGUUAGCAUCAACGGAAGAGGAUGCAGGAGGCAUGGGUACUGAGCAAGGCGCCGCCAGAAACUACGGCGCCUUCCUACUGGAGCUUACUAAAGAACUGCCCAAAGAAAUGAUAAAGGCCAUAUCAACAUUGCAGCCAUAUUUAGAAACUGAUGAGAGCUACACGCUGCGUAUAACAGUGUUGGGCAUGAUGUGUGAGGUGGUGAGUGUGGAGCUGCGCGGCGAGGGGUUGGGGGAGGAGCAGCGCGUGCAGAGAGACGACUUCCUCGACGAUCUCUACGACCACAUGCACGACCUCUCCGCAUACGUCCGUCAUAAGGUACUUCAGUUCUGGUCGCGGUUACAAAGAGAGAACAAUGUACCAGUGAGCAGACAGCACGCGGUGCUGGAGCGAGCCAUCGGACGCCUCAAAGAUAAAGCUGCUUUAGUCAGGAAGGCGGCUAUACAACUGCUUAAGGUUUUCCUUGAAUGCAAUCCAUUCUCUGCACAGUUGAAGUUAGAUGUUUUAGAAGAACAAUUAGCAAAUGAGCAGAAAAUAUUAGAUGAUCUCCAAAAGAAACUCAAUCCAGGGCCGGACCCGGAACUAAUAAAGAAAUGGGACAAAAUCGAGAAAGAUAUCGUGGAUACGAUAAAAGAGAAAAUGGAUACACUUACGCAAGACGAGCCUGAACUGUCGCAGGCGACGGUUGAGAAUUUAUAUGAUGCAAUACGUCGCAGUUUAAAAGAGAAGAAUUAUUUUAAAGCUUAUUUAAUAGUUAAACAUACAGAAAGGCAGUAUCCAGAUGCUAAACUACUCAGAUGUGAUAUGCCUAAAAGUGAUCAGAUUGAUUACUUCGUCGCAUUGCUUCGUAACAUUUACAUAAUUCCCGACCGUCGACAAUCUAUAUCAUCAACGCAGCAAUGCGAUAACGAGAUAGCGCUGUACAAACGUGUGGAAGAGAAGGAGAGCAUCGUAGCCUUCCUGCAGGAGUCGGUACACUUCUGUAGGAUGAUAUCGGAGGCUGUGCCUCUUGUGAAUUCUUUAUUAAUGUCUAAACAAGCUGGAGAUGUGAGUGAGGCCAUCGACUUCUUCACGACAGCUCACCACUUCAACAUAGAGUCUGCUAAAGUGGGUGUAGCUAAUAUGUUACUGCUUGUAUGGUCACCAGAUCAAGACAAACGUGAAUCAGUAGAGCGAGCGUACAGAGAGAUGUAUCUGGAAUGUGACACUCGUGCGGAGCGCGCGCGCGCAUUCACCAUCGCUAAGAACCUUGUCACCUUGGUGACACAUGUCGACCUCGGCAGUGCACUGGCUCUACAACAUCUCAUUGACAAGUGGGUCACUAAAGAAGACAUCACUCCAUCUAUUAUACAGGUGUUUUGGGAAAUGUUUUUAAAGAAAAUCGAUGGUACAACAGACGAGGACAGUUACGCGGCUCUAUCUUUACUGACUAUGAUCUCUAAAGCCAAGCCAUCGGUUGCUCUUGCUAAUCUAGAAGUCAUACAAACACAUGGACUUACCGGCGAUUAUAAUACAAGAAAUUUUUGCGUACAAUUACUAUCAUCACUAUCUAAGAAGGAACAAAGAUAUCCAGUAGAUCACUCCAUUAUGAAAUCCGUAUUCGAUAGUUUAAUGGAAGUAUUCAAUAAGUUUAAAAAGUUUACUUCGUUUGCGGCGAACUCUAUUGAUCUUAUAUACGCUAUAUGUGAUACCCCGGAUGUACUCUGUGAAAAACUAUUGGUUGAGAUGUAUAAGAAAAUUGAGAAAGAUCCAGUGAAAGAUAAGGAGAGUGAGGAAGAAAUUAGCGUACCAUUGGAACUCUUGAUUCGAUUUGUGUUCACGCUGGGUCAUAUCGCGCUGCAACAACUCAUAUAUCUUGAUAUCACCGUCUACAGCGAACUUAGGAAACGCAAUCAGGUGCGAGAAGAGAGGAAGGCGGAGGAGAAGCGUAAGAAGAAAGCGGGAGUGGGAUUCGCGACUCCCGCACGUCGCGGCCGCUGCGAUGACCUGCGCCGGCAGACACUCAUGAACGCCAGCAACGCCAGCGCCUCCUCACGCGGUCAGCGCUCCGCCAGUGUACUCUCUAAUAAGGCAUCAACGGUGAACACAACGAUGACGGAGGAGGAGGCGGGGUUGGAGGGUGCGGUGGCGGAUGACGCGGAUGCGGAGUACGUACGCGCGGUGUGCGAGCGGGACGUGGUGGCUGGUGGCGCCGCGCUGGCUCGCUACACGCCGCUACUGCGCUGGCUGCUCACCAACACCCGGGCUUCGCCCCGCGCACAGGCCGCCGCCGCACUCACAUACACCAGAUUUAUGCUGGUGUCGAGCAGUGUGUGUGAAGAAGGCCUGCAACUUAUCGUCACAGUUCUAAAGAAAUCUAAGAAUGUAUCGCUCAGAACAAACCUGACCAUAGCCUUCGCAGAUCUCACUCUACGUUUCCCAAAUCUUACACAACCUUGGACGCAUCAUAUUUACGAUAUCUUGAGUGAUGAAGAACUCGAGGUGCGUCAAUGUGCUGUCAAGAUGCUGUCAUUUUUAGUGCUACACGAGAUGGUGCGCGUCAAAGGUCAGAUAGCUGACAUGGCGCUUUGCUGCGCUGACAAGGACUCGCGCGUCACCGCCAUGACGCGUUUGUUCUUCAAGCAACUGUCACAGAAAGGCAACGCACUAUAUAAUGUUAUGCCAGACAUUAUAUCAAGACUCAGUGAUCCAGAAUUGAAUGUUCCUGAAGAACAGUACAGAUAUAUCAUGAAAUAUAUAACAUCACUUAUACAAAAAGACAGGCAAAUGGAGGCUCUCAUAGAGAAAUUAUGUCAGCGGUUCAAAUUAUCAACAGAAGAAAGGCAAUGGCGAGAUUUGGCGUACUGUUUGUCACUGUUCACAUACAACGAGCGCUCGCUCAGGAAGUUGAUAGAGAACAUGGACUGCUACAAGGACAAACUGCACUGCCCCGGUGUCAUGGAAUCCUUCACUGCACUCAUGAACCACACUUCCAAAAUGGCCAAGAAUGAAAUAAAGGCAUUAGUAACAGAGCUAGGCGACAAGAUAGAAGAAUGUUUUGCUGUGCGGGACGCGGAGGAGGGCGACAGAGAUGGCAGCGAUGGCGCCGACAAGCAUGCAGCACCUAAACCUACACCCAGGAAGGCGCCCCGCCGCGGCAGGAGACGGUCCACCUCCAGCUCUGAUGAGGAGAAUGAGCCACCGAACAAACCACCGCAAACACCACAGUCCGUAAGGAAAUCACGAAGGAAACCUGCCACAAAAAACAAAACUCGAGCAGCUGAUUCAGAAGACUCAGACGAUGACGACUUUGAAAAGAAAACAGACGACGACGUUUUCAAAAAACCAACGACACGAAAGGGGACGCGGAGGCGAAAUUAGGAUUCGCAAACAUAAUUGUGCGUUUAUUUUCUGA